AUAAAAAACAAUGAUUCAGUGGGGCUCAUAACGCACAAACACGACUCUUCUCCUCUCCUCUUCUCUUGCGUGUUUCAUCUCCUGCCUCCGCCAGCGGCGGCGCUCCUCCUUCUCCACCAGCGGUGACGUUUCCUCCUACUUCUUGGUCUUCUCUCUUGCUUCCCUUCUCUGUUACUUGAAAUAGAGAAAGCUUAGAUAUUAACAAUGAGUAAUUCUACUGCUGGAACCUCAUCAAAACCAAGAGCAGCAUCCUCACAACCAUCAGAAACUUCAUCCAAGCGAAAGAGAGGAGUUUUCCAAAAAGAAUUGCAGCACAUGAUGUAUGGCUUUGGAGAUGAUCCUAAUCCACUUCCUGAAAGUGUGGCACUUAUGGAGGACAUUGUCAUAGAAUAUGUUACAGAACUGGUACAUAAAGCCCAAGAUAUUGGAUCUCAGAGGGGGAAGCUAUCAGUUGAGGAUUUUCUCUAUUUGAUUCGCAAGGAUUUUCCAAAACUUAACCGCUGUACAGAACUGCUGUCGAUGAAUGAAGAGCUGAAACAAGCAAGAAAGGUUUUUGAAUCAGAUGAAGAGAAACUGAGGAAGGUUUUUGAGGUUGAUGAAUCAGUUGAAGGAUGAAUGAAGAAGGUUAUUGAACUGCACCGAUGCUGCAUUCUAGAUUGGCACUGACAUGUUCUCACUGUGUUGGUUAUAAUGUGUUUCACUUUUUUGAAGAUUCUCUAGAUUUUUAUACCUUAUGUCCUUGAUGCCUUGAAACUUCAUUUCAUGUCAGUACUCAAAUAUAAUAUGUACAUAAAUGUGGUAAAAUUUUGGUGGGAAACAUGAUCUAGGAAAGAUGGAGAGAAAUUGAAACAAAAAAAAGUUAGUAUGUGCCUCAAGAGUGAGGCUUAACUAAAGCUAUGUUUGAAUGGGUGGCAACGAAGUUGAACGGUUGUUUGAAUAUUUUAUGAUCAAAUGGAUUAAAGAGUGGUUUGGAUUGUGGAUGGAA